CCGUAUUUCUGUUUGCAAUCAGCUAUGGGUGUAGUCUAAGAAGAGAACACAGUAGCGCACCGCAAUAUACCUCGAAGUUUCAUCCUCAUGAAGGAGCUCCGUCCUGGCUGAGUUUGGGAGAUGGGAGUACUCAACAUUGCAGACCAGCCUCCUCUGGUCCAGGCCAUCUUCAGUCGCAAUGCUGAAGAAGUUCAACUAUUAUUGCACAAAAAGGAGGAUGUCAAUGCACUGGACCAAGAGCGCCGUACACCACUUCAUGCUGCUGCCUGUGUGGGAGAUGUCCAUAUAAUGGACCUCCUCAUUGAAUCAGGUGCCAGUGUAAAUGCUAAAGACCAUAUAUGGUUGACCCCCUUGCACAGGGCAGCUGCUUCCAGGAAUGACAGGGCAGUGGGUCUGCUGCUGAGGCGCGGAGCCGAUGCGAAUGCGCGAGACAAGUUCUGGCAGACGCCACUGCAUGUGGCUGCUGCCAACCGUGCCACGCGCUGCGCAGAGGCCCUGCUGACCCAGCUGAGCAACGUGAACAUGGGAGAUCGCACUGGCAGGACUGCUCUGCACCACGCGGCCCAGAGUGGUUUUCAGGAGAUGGUGAAGCUGCUGCUGAACAAAGGGGCCAACUUGAGUGCUGUUGAUAAGAAGGAGAGACAGCCCAUCCACUGUGCUGCUUACCUGGGGCAUCUAGAGGUUGUGAAGUUACUGGUGUCCCGCAGUGCUGACAAGAGCUGCAAGGACAAACAGGGCUACACACCUCUCCAUGCUGCUGCUGCAAGUGGUCACAUCGAAAUUGUAAAGUACCUGCUGAGGAUGGGGGCAGAUAUUGAUGAGCCCAAUGGCUUUGGAAACACUGCGCUUCAUGUGGCUUGCUAUAUGGGGCAAGAAGCUGUGGCUACAGAGCUGGUGAACCAUGGCGCUAAUGUUAACCAACCCAACAAGUGUGGCUACACCCCUCUGCACCUGGCCGCCGUCUCCACCAAUGGUGCCCUCUGUCUGGAGUUGCUGGUCAACAAUGGGGCAGAUGUUAACCAGCAGAGCAAAGAAGGGAAGAGCCCCUUGCACAUGGCAGCCAUUCACGGACGCUUCACACGCUCUCAGAUCCUCAUCCAAAAUGGUGGGGAAAUUGAUUGUGUGGAUAAAUAUGGCAAUACUCCUCUCCACGUUGCUGCUAAGUACGGCCAUGAACUGCUGAUCAGCACUCUGAUGACCAACGGAGCAGACACGGCCAGACGUGGGAUCCAUGGAAUGUUCCCCUUGCACUUAGCUGUGCUGUACGGGUUUUCAGACUGUUGUCGCAAGUUACUCUCCUCAGGUCAGCUGUAUAGUAUAGUUUCAUCUAUGAGUAAGGAGCAUGUACUAUCAGCUGGGUUUGACAUAAACACCCCUGACAACUUUGGGAGGACCUGUCUACACGCUGCUGCCUCUGGAGGAAAUGUUGAAUGUCUGAACUUGCUUUUAAGUAGCGGUACCGACUUGAAUAAGAGGGACAUAAUGGGAAGGACACCGUUGCACUAUGCGGCUGCUAAUGGGAGGUACCAGUGCACUGUGACCCUGGUGAGCGCUGGCGCUGAGGUCAACGAGCCUGACCAGACGGGCUGUACUCCCCUGCACUACUCUGCUGCCUCCCAAGCCUUCAGCAGAGUUGAUCGUCAUUUUUCUGGGAGCCAUCAGAAUGAUGAGGAUGAGGCGAAGGACUCGUACCUCUGCUUGGAGCAUCUUUUGGACAAUGGUGCUGAUCCAUCAAUGGUCAAUUCAAAGGGUUACAGUGCUGUUCACUAUGCAGCUUACCAUGGCAACAAACAGAACCUGGAGCUGCUCCUGGAGAUGUCCUUUAAUGCACUAGGAGACAUAGAGAGCAGUAUUCCAGUCAGUCCACUGCAUCUUGCUGCUGAUAAGGGGCACUGGCAGGCUUUGCGUGUGCUCACAGAGACUGCAGCGUAUGUGGACAUGCAGGACGCUGCAGGCCGUUCUGUACUCUACCUGGCUGCACAGAAAGGCUACGCACGCUGUGUGGAGGUGCUAUUGGCCCAGGGGGCCUCCUGUCUCCUCAAUGACAACCGUCUCAUGUGGACUCCAAUUCAUGUUGCAGCUGCGAAUGGCCACUCUGACUGCCUGCGCAUGAUGAUUGAUUAUGGGGAGGAGGGAGACCUCACCAACAUGGUAGACAAAUUUGGCCAGACCCCUCUAAUGCUAGCCGUUCUAGGAGGGCACACUGACUGUGUCCACUUCCUGCUAGAGAAGGGUGCCUUGCCAGAGGCCAAGGACAAGAGGGGCAGCACAGCUUUGCACAGAGGGGCUGUGUUGGGCCACGAUGACUGCGUGACAGCCCUGCUGGAGCACAAAGCUUCUGCUUUAUGUCGGGACACCCAGGGUAGGACACCGCUGCACUACGCUGCAUCCAGAGGCCACACAGAGAUCCUGGCCAGUCUGGUGCAGGCCGCCAUGGCAACAGACCCACAAGAUAAAUUGCUGGACAACAAACAAUACACCCCAUUACACUGGGCUGCUUACAAAGGGCAUGAAGACUGUUUGGAGGUUUUACUUGAAUAUAAAACAUUUAUCCAUGAAGAGGGAAACCCUUUCACCCCCCUGCACUGUGCUCUGAUGACUGGCCACAGCGGUGCUGCAGAAAGGCUGCUGGAAUCUGCUGGGGUCCACAUGAUUAACACCAGAGAUGCCAAAGGAAGGACCCCGCUGCAUGCUGCUGCGUUCGCUGAGGAUGUUGCAGGACUUCAGCUAGUGCUCCGCCAUGGAGCCGACAUCAAUGCAGUGGACAAAAGUGGACGCUCUGCUCUGAUGGUUGCUGCUGACAAGGGACACAGCGGCACUGUGGCCAUCCUCCUUCACCGGGCCAAGGCUGACCUGACACUGCUGGAUGAGAAUAAGAACACUGCCCUGCACUUGGCUUGCAGCAAGGCUCAUGAGAUGUGCGCCCUGCUGAUUUUGGGCGAGAUCCACAGUCCCACUCUGAUAAAUGCCACCAACAGUGCUCUGCAAAUGCCCCUCCAUCUUGCAGCGCGUAAUGGCCUGGCUACGGUGGUGCAGGCACUGCUGAGUAGAGGAGCCACGGUGCUGGCUGUGGAUGAGGAAGGACACACCCCAGCUCUGGCCUGUGCUCCCAACAAAGACGUGGCUGACUGCCUGGCUCUGAUCCUCUCUACCAUGAAGCCUUUCCCCCAGCGGGACCCUUCCUCCUGCUCCUGCUCCUCUCCCACUGUCUCCCCCACCCCGGGUCUCAACUUGUUGAAGCACUGCGGCAUCACCGCCGCCUGCGCCCCCCUGCCCAGCAACGGCCUCCACAACGGCUACGUCAAAGACCGUCACGGUGCACCGGUUGGCCUCGACGGGUGUCUGUCUGAGUGAGGCCUUGUGCUCCUCUCAGUCAGCUGCUAUCACCAUCAUCACCACCAGGGGGCGACUCCCUUUAAAAUGGCCCAGAGGACCAGGAGAGCACCCACCCACAUGUCUGUUUUCUGUGUAUGUAUGUGUUUGUGUGUCUGUGUGUGCGUGAGUGUUUGGUCUUCUCUUGAGGUGCAGUCAAACCUAAUAUGCAAUUAGAUCCCAUUCCUCCAUCUCCUAGUAGUGCUUAAUAAGUAGAGGCAGAUUGCUCUACAAGGUCACUCAGAUGAAGUGUGGCAUUUAAAAUAAACACUAGCAAUCUGGCCAUCUCUAAAUCAUUUAACCCUUUAAAAUCAUGUUGACAUAGUUAUAUAACCAACAUUUAAGAGCAUGUCUGUAUCCUCGACUGUAUUUCGCUUCAUAUCAUUCACUAUAAAAAGUCAUAUCACAUUUAAUCAGUUGCAGUGACCUUGUAGAGGAACA